GGUUUUCUUCACUCCGUGCGGCUGGUGAAACCGAUAUCGACCUGUGUUGAGGAACAGUCUAGAACUUCUGCAGCUCACGUGGAAGUAACAUGCCUCGGGUGUAUAUUGGACGUUUGAGCUACCAUGUCCGCGAAAAGGACAUUCAACGCUUUUUCAGCGGAUAUGGUAAACUUAUGGAAAUCGAUAUAAAGAACGGAUAUGGAUUCGUGGAGUUCGAGGAUAACCGGGACGCCGACGAUGCCGUUUACGAGCUGAACGGGAAGGAGCUGUGCGGGGAGCGGGUGAUCGUCGAACAUGCCCGCGGGCCGCGACGAGACCGAGAUGGCAACCACGGUGGGGGUUACUGGGGUGGUGGGCGCAGUAGUGGUGGUUUCAGCAGCAGGAGUCGCACUGGCAGGGACAAGUAUGGUCCCCCUGUACGUACAGAGUACCGCCUCAUUGUGGAGAACUUGUCUAGCCGCUGCAGUUGGCAGGACCUUAAGGACUUUAUGCGCCAGGCAGGGGAAGUGACCUAUGCGGAUGCCCACAAGGAGCGCACCAAUGAGGGGGUGAUCGAGUUCCGGAGUCAAUCUGACAUGAAGAGGGCUUUGGACAAACUGGAUGGUACAGACAUCAAUGGGAGGAAGAUUCGUCUGGUGCAGGAGAAGUCUCGCAAACGAAGGUCAUACUCUGGCAGUCGCUCCAGAUCUCGCAGUCGCCGUCGCUCUCGUAGUCAGAGCCGCAGAAGCUCCAGGAGUCGCUCCCGGUCCAGGUCUCGUUCCCAUGGCAACAAGAGACGUAAUCUUUCCCGCUCCAGAUCUGGAAGGAAAUCACGCUCCAAGUCUGGAGGAAGACAGUCACGUUCUCGAUCCCGCAAAUCCAAAUCUCGUUCAUUCUCCCGAAAGUCCCGUUCCCAUUCGGGUGAUCGGAAAUCCAAGUCCCGCUCAAAGAGCCCUUCUAAGGUAAAGUCGGAGCGGGAUUCUCGCAGUCGAUCCAAGGAGAUGUCUCGUGACAAGAAGUCCCGUAGUCGUUCGGCUUCCCCAGUGGAGAAUGGGAAGUCUGCUAAGUCUGCCUCCCGGUCCCCAUCCCCUCGGGAAGUUGACCGCCGAUCUAAUUCGAGGGAGAAACACUCAGUCUCCCGCUCAAAGUCCCGCUCAAGAUCCCCCUCGCGGUCCAGAUCAGCGUCUCAGGAUUAGUGAAAGGAAAUGUUUCUCAUUGUUGAGUGUUGAUCCCUAUGCUGUACAUAACGAUUAGUGUCAUCAUACUGGCUUAUGCUUCCUGACUUGUCUACUUCUCUCCUUCAAUUGUGCACUUGUCUUUUAGAUUUUAGAUGCAGUUUUAAUAGAUAAUACACCACACUCAACAGCAUGUAAUAUCUUUG